GAGGAGGAGGAAAGAGCAGUUUUUAGUUUGGAGUGAAUGAGAGCGAGGCAGAGUGAGCUCCAUCUCUCUCUCUCUCUCUCACUGUCUCUAUCAGCACCACAUAUAAACGGGGCAACUUUAGCGUGGACUUAAACUCACCAACACUAAAGAUGACUCCACGCAUUCCUCCCUGGCUCUUUGGAUUAUUUCUCCUUGCCCUCCGGUUCUGCUGCCAUUGCUCGUCUGCCUAUCAGCUGCUGGACGACCGUGGUCCUCGGGGAGCUUUGGACCUGACAGAGUUAAUUGGCAUUCCCCUCCCUCCCUCCGUCUCCUUCGUCACAGGCUUCGAGGGUUACCCCGCUUACAGCUUCGGCCCGGAGGCCAACGUGGGGCGGCUUACAAAGUCAUUCAUCCCCGACCCGUUCUAUCACGACUUUGCUAUCACAGUCACAGCCAAACCGACCACCCGGCAAGGCGGCGUGCUGUUUGCCAUCACCGAUGCAUAUCAGAAAAUUGUACAAUUAGGUGUGGCUUUGUCUGAAGUGGAGGAUGGGUCCCAGAGAGUCAUGCUGUACUACACCGAUGCAGAAACAAGAGGCCGCACCCAGGAAGCUGCUUCAUUCAAAAUGGGCGACCUGACAGGAAGAUGGGCGAGGUUUACACUCACUGUGCAGGGUUCAGAGGUGCGCCUCUACAUGGACUGUGAGGAAUACCACCGGGUUGCCUUCAUCAGGAGUGCUCAGCCUCUGACCUUCGAGUCCAGCUCAGGGAUCUUUGUAGGGAAUGCCGGGGGUACGGGCCUGCAGAGGUUUGUGGGCUCCAUCCAGCAGCUGCUGUUGAAGGCAGAUCCCACGGCCCCAGAUGACCAGUGUGAGGAGGAUGAUCCUUAUGCCUCUGGCUACGGGAGCGGUGACGAUGAAGACUUGGAGGGUAAAGAUGAAGUGAAGAAGAUUGUGGAGGAGAGAGAGUUCACCAUGCCAGAGCUGGCCCCCACUUACAUUGUGAUCCCACCUCCACCCACUGAGAUGCCAACAAGCGAUGACGAAGAUGACGACUUUGAGGAAUCUUCUGGGCAGGAAGUGGAGGCGACCACGGUGCAAGCAAAGUCAUUUCAGACAGGUGCUUCAGUUUCCACACCUGACACUUCCCUCCAGGUUUAUCCAGGGCAGAAAGGGGAGCCAGGCCCAGCUGGUCCCCCAGGACCUCCAGGCCCUCCAGGACCAGCCUCAGCAGAGGGACAAGGAGGGGAGCCUGGACAACGAGGCCCACAAGGACCACAGGGACCUCCAGGCACACCUGGACUUUCAGGGAAAGAUGGACAGCCUGGGAGCAAAGGGGAAACUGGUUCACCAGGAGCAAAAGGAUUUCCAGGACUACCUGGGGAGUCUGGUCCUAAGGGAGAAAAGGGUGAUCCUGGUGUUGGACUACCCGGCCCUCCGGGUCCUCCAGGACCUCCAGGGCAGCCUAGCAAGUCCUCCGUGUUCCUGGAGGGUUCUGGAUUUGAAGAUUUUGACAGUGACACAGAGAUUAUUAGGGGUCCCCCAGGGCCUCCUGGUCCCCCAGGACUGCCAGGGCCCCCAGGAUCUCCUUCUGAGGACAUCUUUUCUGGACUACCUGGGACUCCUGGGAAAGAUGGAAGGGAUGGAGCAAAGGGUGAACCUGGACUUCCUGGAGUCAGUGGAAAAGAUGGCAAUCCUGGGCCUGCUGGGGAGAAAGGAGACAAGGGCGAGCCUGGUGUGAGCGGUCAACCAGGACCAAAGGGAGAUCAGGGCCCACCAGGAUUCCCAGGUCUACCAGGAGCAGAUGGUCCAGAAGGACAUCCUGGUCCUAGGGGUCUGCCUGGUCCUCCUGGCCCCCCAGGGCCUCCAGGAAGAAACUUCAUCCCAGACUUUGAGGACCUGGAAGGAUCGGGGCUAGAAACUGCUUCAGCAGCGACAUUACCCAGAGGUCCACAGGGACCUCCAGGACUCCCAGGACUUCCAGGACCCAAGGGUAAAGAUGGUUUUGUUGGUGUUCCAGGAAAGCCAGGACAAAAGGGAGAGCAGGGUGUUCACGGGGACCCAGGCAUUCCUGGUACAGAUGGACUGACUGGGGCAGAGGGACCAAAGGGGGACAAAGGUGACCAAGGACAAAAGGGAGAGCCAGGACAGGAUGGGCGUAGUUUGCCUGGGCCCCCAGGACCACCUGGACCACCAGGAACCAUCAUCAACCUUCAGGAUCUCUUAUUGAACGACACAGAUGGUGCCUUUAACUUCUCAGGGAUUUUUGAAGCUCAGGGACCCGCUGGACCAAAGGGUCCAAAGGGUGACAUGGGGUUGCCAGGUUUGCAAGGACCUUCUGGACUUAAAGGUGAAAAGGGUGAGCCAGGAUUUGUCAUCUCAGCAGAUGGAUCCAUGAUGUCAGGCCUGCCUGGGCCAGUGGGACCCAAAGGAUUCAAGGGAGAUAACGGUGUACCAGGGCCCCCUGGAAUUCAAGGGCCCAUAGGACCACCAGGACACAGGGGAGAAUUUGGGCUCCCUGGAAGACCAGGUCGCCCAGGCCUCAUGGGACCUAAAGGAGAGAAAGGGGACUCUCGAGGCCUGCCAGGACCUCCCGGCCCUCCCGGACCACCGGGGCGCCCAGGAAUAUUCAACUGCCCCAAAGGAACAGUGUUCCCUAUACCCCCCAGACCACACUGCAAAAUGCCCCUUAAUUCAAAUGGAACCAUUGCAGCUGGUAACUGUCAGACAGGAAUAAAAGGGGAGAAGGGAGAGAGGGGACUUCCAGGGAUACCAGCUCCACCAAUGUCAUAUAAUCAAAGAGGAGGCUGGGUGAUAAAUGGUGACCAGGGAAUCAAAGGGGAAAAGGGAGAGGCGGGGUUCCCAGGGAUUUCAGGUAUCCCUGGAAGACCAGGACCAGUGGGGCCCAAAGGAGAAUCAGUGGUCGGCCCCCCUGGUCCCCCUGGGCCGCCAGGCCCUCCUGGUAUACCAGGCUAUGGCAAGCCUGGUCUUGUUGGACCUCCUGGGCCACCAGGACCUCCAGGGCCCUCUGGGUCAUCCUUGAGAUAUGGUUCAGGUCUGACCAUUGCUGGCCCCCCAGGCCCUCCUGGACCUCCUGGACCACCUGGACCUGCUAGUCCUUCAAGUAACACAGCAUCUCUGAAAACAUUUUCGACUCGUGAGAGUAUGAUGCAGCAAACAGUGAAAGAUGCAGAGGGCACUCUGGCAUUUGUUACAACGACAGGAAGUCUCUUCCUUAAAGUUUCCCAGGGAUGGAAAGAGAUCCAGCUUGGCAGCCUGAUCUACCUCUCCAAUAACAUUAUCCCACAAGAUGAGCCUCGAGCCUCACAUCAUGUAAGAGGAGACACCAUGCAAAGAAUACACUCUGUUAAAGGCAGGCUCAACCUGGUGGCAUUGAACCAGCCUCACUCAGGGGACAUGAUGGGGCUUGACAUGGCUGACCGGAUGUGCUUUGAGCAGGCCAAGGCGAUGGGUUUGGCUCCCAACUACCGUGCCUUCAUUUCAUCCCACAGACAAGACCUGGUUCACGUUGUCUAUCCAGGUUUCCGGCAGACUCUGCCAGUUACCAACCUCAGAGGAGACAUGAUGUUUAGGAAUUGGCGCUCAAUUUUCACCGGCAAUGGGGGGCCGAUCAAUACUAGGAUACCCAUCUACUCCUUUGAUGGCCGGGAUGUCUUAGCUGACCCCUUCUGGCCUCAGAAGAGUGUUUGGCACGGCUCUACCAGUCAGGGGCUCCGCGCAACAGACAAGCACUGCGAGACAUGGCGAGCAGACCAUGUAUCCGUCAUGGGCCAGUCAUCAAGCCUGACCUCAGGUCUGCUCCUGGGUCAAGAGACUCGAAGCUGUUCCAACGAGUACAUUGUCCUGUGCAUUGAGACCCACAAAAACCCGUAAACCGCCCUGUCCCUGAAUACCACUCUUGAGAGGAAACCCAUCCGAGCCUCCACUGAAGUUAAAACCUCUGGGAAAAGAUCUGAGCACCCCUCUUAGAAAAAGGAUGUCGCUUUCAGCACAUCUUUGGUGCUACGUGUAGCAUUUUGUUCUUUUUUUUUUCGACUCCACUUUCACACUUACAACAUGAAUGUUACUAAUUCUGACACCUUUCCCUCUACUGGCAUCACACAAAGGGUUUGAGGCAGUAACAAACUGCUGACAUCAGCAAGGUAUCUCCUGGGAAGGUAAGCUAAUAUUAGGUUGUUGCUACACUCUGGAGUUGAAACCAGUUUGUGAACUGCUUAGCAAAGAAAUGAAUAGAAACGACCCUUUGUCUUGUAAAGCAGUCCAAAAGAUUUCCAGCUUGGCAUAUACAAUACAGUAAAACCCAGGACAGAUGCUAACAUGGGCUGCUAAUCUUUUUAGUGUCCUUCGUACUUAAUAGUCUAACAUCUCAAAUGCAAUGUGCUAAGGAUUUAGUCAUGUUAAAAAAUGAUACACGCAGCACCCAGAGUUUUUUUUUUUUUCAAGAAAGGUGGGCUCAUUUGCAACAAGACACAUCUGUGUUAUAUUAUGCAAACCAUACAUAAAGUAACACUCAUGGGUUUUCCCCUCAGUUGUGCAGGCAUGUUGAGGAUGAGAGAGGUCCUUUUUUUUUUGGUAGUUCUUCAGGAGACUGGAAGUAAAGACUGAGGAUGGCUGCAGGAACCUGCACCUGCCCUGAAGCGUGGCAGUCCAAAGACUUUUCCAAUGGAAGUGUAAAAGGCAACUUACAUAUUUUUUUCUAUGUUUACAGGUUGUCUUGAAAGGGUUUUAAACCAAUUCAGGAAAAAAAAAGUUCUAUUAAGACCAGAACUCUCCACAACCAACACGUCCCUCGGACAACCAGUGUUGCCACCAAAGUAACUUUUGAUGCACUGUACUUCAUUUUUGAUAUUUUCUAGUUCAACAUUUUCAUUCUUUAAAACGUGUUUGUCUUGUAGCUUUUUUUCAUCUUAUCAGCUCUUUCUCUUAAGGGUAUUUAAUUUAAAUUCAAUGAUUUAUUUAUACUGUCACAGCACAUAACAAGAAAUCAGAUGGUUAAAUUUAAGAAUGUAAUUUAUCAUGUGUUGUUUGUCAAAUGACUGUUUCUUCUAAGUUUUUGCCUGUUUUCUUUCUUUUUUUAUUUUCAUAUGUUGUCUUUUCAUUGUUUUAAAGAAGUUUGGAGAAUUCGGGAGAACAUUAGCGACAUCAAAAAUAAUUUCCAUCCAGUGUAAAAGUGCCAUUAAAACAAAUCAUUCAGUUUUAUGUUGGAAAGAAACCCUAGAAACUGUCUAAGGUCAAAAGUGAAAGCAUGUGUUUUGUAUAGAUAUUGGUGCUUUAUGUUGA